AUGAACAAUCCAAUCUAUCACCAAUGGCAACAAUGGGAAAGUCAAGUACUCGAAUGGUUAAAUCAAUCCGACGAGGAUUUAACUGUACCGGACACUGAUCCAUUCGACCGAGUGAUUUUGACGCUUUUAACCGUCAAAUACCAAAUCGUAUACAAAGACAUGGACAAAGAAACCGCAAUGGCUAAAGAAGAAAACCAGGACGAACGAAAAGCGACUGUGAAACUGUCCAAAAUCAAGACACCAUAUGCGAUAACGGGAAAAGAAGAUCAUCAAGACAAGGAAAAGUUGUUUGACGAUUUCACGGAUCGUUUGUUAAGUCCAGAACAAGUCAGCAAUGAAAAUUCAAUUGAAUGGCAAGGCUUAGAAUUUGUGAAGCGAUCUGAAAGAUGUCUAGCCCAUUUCGUCUCUCAGUUGAUUUCCACAAAUACUGCAUAUCAAGAAUUUAUUCGCGAGCCCUCGAUGAUCGCACCCGUAACUAAAAUUAAUAAUAAGCAUCUUCGUGUUAUAUGUCGUUCAUGUACUGAAAUAUGUCAUAUAUCAAUAACUGAUUGUCCAUCGCUGACAGACAAUUGUAUGAAAGCUAUAGGUACAUUGAAACAAUUACGUGUAUUAAAUCUGGCUGAUUGCUUAUUAAUCACUGAUAGUGGCAUAAAAGCGCUAACAGACGGACCAUGUACAGCACGUUUACGAGAACUUAACUUAACGAAUUGUAUGCGUCUAAGUGAUAGUUCAAUGACAAAUCUAUCUCGACGUUGUAAACGUUUAGCUUAUGUAAAAUUAUGCCAUUUAGAUCAAAUAUCUGAAAAUGGUUUAGAAUUAAUUGGCCAAAUGGAUCAAUUAAUAUCGAUUGAUAUUACUGGCACACAAACAUCGGAUACAUCAUUGAAAUCUAUAGGAAAUUCAAAUAAUUUACGUUCCGUUACAUUAUCCUAUUGUCGACAAAUAACUGAUUUAGGCUUAACAAAAUUUGCAACAUCAUGUACAAGUAUUGAAUAUUUAAAUCUAUCAUUUUGUGCUCAAUUAACUGACAAUGCUAUACGUUCGAUGGCAUUUUGUUGUAAAUAUUUAACAACAUUAAAUAUAUGUUCAUGUUCAUUAUUAACCGAUAUGAGUUUACAAUAUUUAAGCGGUGUUUGUAAAUAUCUAUAUGAAAUUGAUAUAUCUUAUUGUCAUUUAAUAACAGAUAAAGGUCUGAAAUAUUUACGACGAAAUUCUCAUUAUCUUAAACGAAUUAUUCUUGUCGAAUGUCCAAAUAUAUCACGUGCUGCCAUAGAUAAACUUGUACUUAAAAUUCCCUUUGUUCAAUAUCAUUACACAAGCAAAUCCUCGGAACUUACAAAAUGA